GGUAAGCUCAUUGUGUACGGCAACUCGAAGCCGAAGGUGAAGGCGUUGGCAGAGCAAUUGGAUUGUCACGCGUAUCACGCGGAUGCCGUGGGCAAGCCGACCAUGUUGGCGGACUUCAUGGCAGGCAAGCAGCGCGUGAUCGUAGCAACGAGCGCGUUGGGCAUGGGCGUGGACAUACUGGAUGUACAGUGCAUCAUUCACAUCGAUUGGCCGUUCACCAUGUUGGAUUACGCACAAGAGAGCGGCAGGGCAGGCCAGGAUGGGUUGCGAAGCGAGGCGGUUUUGAUGGUUCAGGAUGGGAAACAACGCACCAACGACAACGGGACAGAAGCCGAGCGGCAGAUGGUGAGGGAGUAUGUGGAAGGUGGCGAGAGCGGGGCGGUUGGCUGCAGGAGGGAAGUGUUGGACGGGUAUUUGGAUGGGAGGAAGGAUCGAGCAGGGUGUAGAGAGGAGGAC